AUGAGCAAGGAGUGGCCGCUGCGCUGCCCGUUGCCCCUCGAGGCCAUCCAGCAGCUCCUCAUCCAAUACCUCGCAUCUGGAAAAGGCUACGAUGAUGCCAGCGUGGCUGCCGCCACGCGAGAGGGGAACCACUGCUUUCAGCAGAAAGACUUUAGUCGGGCACUUGAUAUGUUUGGCAUCGCCUAUGAAAUUGGCCGGCUACACUACGCCUACCGACCCCUGCUACAUGACAUCCUUUUGCGGCGGAUCCUUUGCCAGUCGCUCCUGGGCAGGUUUGAGCAAGCCCUCCAGGAGUGUCACACAGCGGCCUGGCUCAUUCCCAAUGAGGCAACUUGCAACCUGCUUUAUGGGGUGAUAUACUCCAAGCUUGGACGGAGCGAGGAAGCCAACUCCUCUUUCCAGCAGGUGGGCUCUUUCAGAGUUUGCGAGAGAGGCAGCCUCAAAUCCUGA